CCUAAUAUAUUGGAAAUUUUAUAGAACAAAAGUAUAUCGAUGACAGAUAUGUACCUGGAUAGUACGGAUUCAAGUGAAAACGUCGGACAGAUUCACUUUUCAUUGGAAUAUGAUUUUCAAAAUACGACGCUAAUAUUAAAAGUACUGCAGGGCAAAGAGCUGCCAGCGAAGGACUUAAGUGGAACUUCCGAUCCCUAUGUGCGAGUGACAUUAUUGCCAGAUAAAAAGCAUCGCCUGGAGACCAAGAUAAAGAGAAGAACUUUGAACCCGCGCUGGAAUGAAACAUUCUAUUUCGAGGGCUUUCCAAUACAAAAGCUGCAAUCGCGAGUUCUUCAUUUACAUGUCUUCGAUUAUGAUCGUUUCUCAAGAGACGAUUCCAUUGGUGAAGUAUUUUUGCCGCUGUGCCAGGUGGACUUUGCUGGCAAGCAAUCAUUUUGGAAGGCCUUGAAGCCGCCAGCCAAGGAUAAGUGCGGCGAGCUUUUAUCUUCACUAUGCUAUCAUCCUUCAAACUCAAUUUUAACGCUGACAUUAAUCAAAGCAAGGAAUCUAAAGGCUAAAGAUAUCAAUGGAAAGUCAGGUAAAUGAUAUAUA